GAGAAUCUAAUUCUCACCUCAAAAUCCUUACAAGGAGAAACUUCCACUCUCCUCUCCAUUCUGUAUUUUAAUUACAAAUUGAUGCCUUAUCUCAUUUUGGUUUGAAGGGAAAAAAAGUCAGUAACUAUCUUAAAAUUGCAUCAGACCCGCUUAUUCUUCCCCUGUGACUUCUGCAAGAGACCACGGGACCUCUCAGCCCAGGCUCCUCACUCAUGGGGCCUGCCUGGGCCCAGGCCCACCUGACAGGUGAUCUCCGGCUGCCUCUGCUCUGGCUGCUACUGUUGCCAAUCUGCUGCUCCCACGCCCCACCAGGAUGGCGCUUCACUUCCUCUGAAGUUGUGAUCCCCAGGAAGGUGUCCCACAGAGCGGGAGGAACUGGGAUGCAAGGCCAGCUUUCCUACAAGAUUCGCCUCAGUGGCCAAAGACAUGUGGUUCACAUGAGAGUCAAGAAGAACUUGCUGCCCAGACACUUUCCCGUUAUCACCAGUAACGACCAAGGCGCCACGCAGGAGGACUACCCUUUUAUCCCCCGAGACUGUUACUACUACACCUACCUGGAAGGGGUUCCUGGGUCCAUGGGCACGCUGGACACCUGCUAUGGAGGUCUGCGUGGCAUGCUGCAGGUGGAUGACUUCACUUACGAAAUCAAACCACUGGAGGCUUCUUCCAAAUUUGAGCAUGUGAUUUCUCUGCUUGUGUCACAAAAAACACCAGGAGAGGAUGAAAAGUGUAAGAUUAAAGAGGAAGAAACAAAUCAAGCAUAUGAGGAGGCAAUGCUUGCUGAAACUCCUAGAGCUGCCCCUGUAUAUUUGUGGUGGCCACACAGGAAAAACUUAAAACUUCACUACACAGUUACUAACUCAUUAGUGGUUCAGAACAGAAAUAUCACACGUAUAAUAGAGAACGUAGUGAUUCUUAACAACAUAAUGCAUAGCAUUUACUACCAGGGUGAACUUCAGGUUUUCAUACGUAUGCUGUGCAUAUGGGACGGUAACGACGAGGUGAAAGUAGAAGAAUCUCAAAAUGCUCUAGAUGCAUUAAAUUCAUUUGGUUUAUGGAAAUACUGGAGAUGGUAUACACAAUUUCCUCAUGAUACUUCAUUGAUUCUUACAGGAAAAAAAAUCGGUGGAGCUUCAUAUUAUAGCAAUCAUGAAGGAAUAUGCAACCCCAAUUGGGGAGCAUCGUUUGUAUGGGUAGCAAGGUAUCACAUAUUUUUAGCUGCAACUCUUGGAGCACAUGCAAUAGGUCAUGUUCUUGGCUGUAGACAUGAUGGUCCUGGUUGCCAUUGUUUUCGAAGACACUACUGUGUCAUGGCUGCUGAGCCUGGUCUUCUAGAUAUGAUGAGCAACUGUACUUAUGCCCAACUGCACAGACGAGUUUCUAUGUGGGAUCCUUGUCUGAGUGCUCCAAAUACACCAUACAAUAAUUUUCCUUAUAAAGCUGCUCGCUGUGGUGACAAGAUCAAAGAUCAAAGGGAAGAAUGUGACUGUGGCACCAUAAAAGACUGCUCUCAGGAUAAGUGUUGCAAUUCCAAUUGUGUCCUCACCCUUGGUAGUGUCUGCAGUGAAGGAGAUUGCUGCAGGAGGUGUAAUUAUGCUCAACCUGGAAGUGUUUGCAGAGACACUCUUGGUAUUUGUGAUCUACCAGAAUACUGCAGUGGGAAGACGCACGUUUGUCCAACAGACGCUUAUAUCCAGGAUGGAACCCCGUGUUCACCGUUAGCCGUGUGUGUGAAAGGAAACUGUAGUGACCGUGAUCUGCAGUGUCAAUCCCUCUUUGGCUUCGAAAUAAAAGAUGCUGGGUCAGCAUGCUAUGAAAAAUUGAAUGUAAGAGGUGACCGAUUUGGAAAUUGUGGGGUGCGAGUGACUCGAGCAGGAGGAAACUCUGUACCAUGUGAAGAAGAUGAUGUGCUGUGUGGAAUGCUGCACUGUAGUAAUGUGGAGGAAAUUCCUGGCGGGGGUGAGCACACUACAUUUCGUCAUAUAGUAGUAAAAGAUGUUAAAGUAGAAAGAUGCUUUGGGUACGAUGCACACUUUGGGACACACACACCAUAUAUGGGGCUUGUGGUGGAUGGGGCAACAUGUGGUGCAGGAAGAUACUGUAUGAACCAAAACUGUACUUUUUUCCAAGACUUCCAUUUUGACUGUGAUGUCAAGAAAUGUAAUUACAGAGGGGUAUGCAACAACUUGAAACAUUGUCAUUGUCAGCGAGGCUGGAAACCACCAACGUGUAAAGAGAGAGGACCAGGUGGCAGUACAGACAGUGGCCCUCCACCUGACAAAGAAAUCGGUAUUCGAGCCAAAAUAGUAUUUAAUGUAAACAUUUCAGUAGCUCUACUGCUUCUCCGUUUUAGCCUUCUUUUGCUUGCAGGGGUUUUUGGUUCCUUCUUCCAUUUAGAAGCAAUUGAGGAUAAAAAAACAACUGGUGAA